AUGGGCCGCUUUGUUGCCCUUUGUCUGAUAGCAUCCGCCACUCCUGCUGUGAGCCUGGACAAUGGGCUUGCUAGAACGCCUCCCAUGGGUUGGAUGACCUGGGAGCGCUUCACAUGUGUUACUGACUGCACGUCGCCCGGGCCAUCCCGCUGCAUCAAUGAACAGUUAAUCAAAGACAUGGCAGAUCGCCUGGCACAGGAUGGCUGGCUGGAAGCAGGCUACAAGCAGGUGAGUAUCGACGACUGCUGGGCGUUGCCCGACCGUGAUGCGAAGGGACAGCAAGUGGCAGACCCUACCAGAUUUCCCUCCGGCAUGGCAGCGCUGGGAAAAUACAUCCAUGAUCGCGGCCUGCAAUUUGGGACCUACAGCGAUAUCGGAUCUAAGACGUGCGGCGGAAAAAUCGGGCUUCAGGGCCACUUCGAUGAUGAUGCGCGUUUGUUUGCGUCAUGGGGAGUGGACUACAUCAAAGUGGAUGGCUGCUACGAAGAAUUAAAGGACAUGCAGAACGACUAUCCGGCCUUUGGCGCAGCUUUGAACAAGACGGGGCGGCCUAUAGUGUACAGCUGCAGCUGGCCAGCUUAUAUGCCCCACCACUGCGAGGGCAGUGAUGCUUGCAUGACAUCGUUGAUGGAACACUGCAACCUUUGGCGAAACUUUGCAGACGUUGCAGACAGCUGGGGCUCAGUGACAGGCAUCAUCAACUUCUGGAAGAGAAAGAACAGCAGUGACGAGAUGGUUCAAGCUGCGGGUCCUGGACACUGGAAUGACCCGGACAUGCUGAUGGUUGGCAACUUCGGUCUGUCACAUUCAGAAGAGCAAACUCAGUUUGCCUUGUGGGCAAUCUUUGCGGCGCCGCUGUUUAUGUCAAAUGAUCUUCGAAUGAUCUCAGCAGAAUCCAAAGAGAUUCUCCAGAACCGGGAGAUCAUCGCUGUAAAUCAGGAUGCUUUGGGCAAACAGGGCUACUGCGUGGCCGGCUGCGAUGGAAACCUGCGAGUUUGGGAUGCAGCUGUGGUGCUUCAAAAUGCUGGCACGUUUGGAGAUGGACUGCCCGGCACAGGGCUCAUGGCUUGGAAGGUUACAGUGAACAUAGCAGGCGUCAUCGGGCGAACUGCUGCUAUGCGAGCGCUGCGCGGAGCCGUUCUGACAGGCCUUGCUAUUGCAAGUGCGGAGGAGAACUACACAACUCCUUACGUCGCUCCAGAUGUUGCUGGACUUCAUUUCGUUGAGACAUUCGAUGGCGAUGUAUGGUCCAGGUGGAAGCACUCCUCUGGUGAGAAGUACAACGGGAAGUUCCUGGUGAACACUCGCACGCCUGAGGCGCUUCUUGGCGAUGUGGCGCUGCAAGUGCCAGAGGCUGCGCGCCACUACGGCGCCGCCGCAAAGUUUGCCCCCAUCGCCGUAAAGUCGCAGGGGUCCUUCGCAGUUCAGUUCGAAGCUAGAUUUGAAGAUGGCCUGUCGUGUGGUGGCUCAUACAUCAAGUUGUUUGACAGUCAAGGCAAAGCUGCAGAUGCCUUUGACUCUGACACUCGUUAUGUCAUCAUGUUUGGGCCAGACAAAUGCGGCGCUACCAACAAAGUGCAUUUCAUUUUCCAGCACAAGAACCCCGUGAGUGGCAAGUGGGAAGAGAAGCACUUGCAAACGCCUGCAAGCGUCCCUAUGGAUCGCCGCACGCACAUGUACGGCCUCUUCAUCCGCUCAGACAAUAGUUUUGAAGUCCAAGUCGAUGGCGAGCAGAAAGCCAGUGGCUCUCUCCUGAAGGACAUGCAGCCGCCGGUCAAUCCGCCCAAGGAAAUUGAUGACCCUGCUGACAGCAAGCCGGCGGACUGGGUUGACGAGGCCAAGAUUGAUGACCCUGAAGCAUCCAAGCCUGAUGAUUGGGAUGAGGAUGCGCCGUUUCAGAUACCGGACCCAUCAGCUUCCAUGCCAUCGGGAUGGUUGGAAGAAGAGCAGCUGAAGAUUCCGGAUCCCAGGUCCCAGAGGCCUUCAGACUGGGAUCAUGAAGAGGAUGGCGAGUGGGAAGCUCCCAUGAUUGACAACCCCAAGUGCACAGUUGGCUGUGGCAAGUGGGAGGCUCCGAAGAUUCACAACCCUGAUUACAAGGGCAAAUGGUAUGCGCCAAAGAUUGACAAUCCGGCAUACGUCGGCGAAUGGAAGCCAAGGCAGAUUGAGAAUCCAGAAUACUUUGUGGAUGAAAGCCCGUACAUGCUGCCCUCCAUCGACUCUGUCGGCAUUGACAUUUGGACUAUGGACAAGGGCAUCAUGUUCGACAACAUUGUCAUCGAUUCCAACCCUGAGAAGGUCAUGGCCUUUGGCCAGGCUACCUUCAAGGUGCGGAGUGAGAUCGAGGCGAAGCAGGACACGUCAGUGAGUGGCCAGAGCAUGAUCAGCAGAGGCUUGGACUGGGUUUUGGACAAUCCAAUCCCUGUCCUGGUGACGGUUCUGGCUGUGCUCAUUGGCAGUGUCGUGUUGUGCUGCCGUGGGGGCGGGGCUGCCCCGCCGCGACCAGCAACCGAAGGCGCAGGCGCAAAUCAAGUUAUUGAUGCCGGUGCCGGUCGUUCGCUCUUCCUGACUUUUUGCUGA